UCUCUCAAACCAUCUAUAGGAGUAUCGCUAUGAAGUUUACGAUACUAGCCGCAUUCCUGGCCGCGGCAUGCACGGCGGCACUGGCACUGGGAUCCGACAAACAAACGGGAACCGAUCGUGACUACGCCGGUCACGAUCGGCAGCUGGAGCAGACCCCGGCGGAGGACCGAAAAUGGCCAACGGCCACCGUGCGCAAGGUGGAGAAACGACACAGCGGCAAGAAGAUUCACAUCUUCCUUGGAAAAACGGGAAAAAGUAAGAAAUCUGGCAAAAAGCAAACGGAUAGCGAUGGGGCCGAAACGCAAACACACAAGACUCCCGAGCUGACCACCCGCUCGGAUAAAGCAGAGGAUCAGGCGGCUUCCGCAACUUCCGAUGCGCCGGACACCGCCGUUGGGGAAAGUCAGCACUACGACAUCCCGGAGCACAACAUCGUGAAAGAGAAGAUCAAGAUCAAGCAUCACCAUCACCAUCAUCAUCACAACCACGUGAAAACGGUAGUGAAGAAGGAACCGUACCCGGUGGAGAAGGUGGUACAGGUGCCGAUUGAGAAAAUUGUUCACGUGCCGAAGCCUUAUCCGGUAGAAAAGAUCGUUGAAAAAGUUGUGCAUGUUCCGGUGGAAAAAAUUGUCCAUGUGCCCAAGCCUUACCCGGUCGAGAAAAUUGUCGAGAAGAUCGUCCAUGUGCCUAAACCCUAUCCAGUUGAGAAGAUCGUUGAAAAACCAAUUCAUAUCGCCAAACCUUACCCAGUAGAAGUCAAGGUUCCGUAUCCUGUUGAGAAAAUCGUUCACGUAGAUAAACCCUACCCGGUGGAGAAGAUCGUAGAGAAGAUAGUUCACGUUCCGAAACCAUAUCCGGUGUAUAAGCAAGUACAUGUUCCCGUCGAAGUAAAGGUUCCGUACGAGGUGCCCAAACCGGUACCGUAUCCCGUCGAGAAGAAGGUUCCUUAUCCGGUGGAAGUGAAGGUACCCUAUGAAGUUGAACGCAAAAUUCCGGUCCCCGUCAAAGUUGAGGUAGAGAAAAAGGUGCAUGUACCUGUGAAGGUUUAUGUGCCGAUAGAGAAAAAAGUUCCUUACCCAGUACCUGUUAAGUCUUCUUCAUACCAAUUGCAGUUCGAUAAGGACGAGGGAUACUCCAGCACAAGGCUACAUCCGUUCGAAUCACAGCAUCACGAAGUAAAGCAUUACGGCGAUGAAUACUACAACGGAGAGGAGGGAUACAGGAGAACUACCAAAACAACAUACAAAAAGAACAAAUCGAAGAAAACCAAGAAAACUGAAGCAGAUUACAAGCAGUCGGGUCAACAGCAAUCGGCCCCGGUGACUGAAGAGAAUCACGAGAAUCAAUCUGGAUCCUAUGGUUCCAGUUCCAGCUCAGAAAACCAACAGCUACAACAAAAUGGGGCCCAUUAUUCACACACAACGAUCUACAAUCAUGCGCAUUCGCCAGCCCACCACACAAGUGCACAACAACAAUAUCAACAACAGCAACAGCAACAACAACAGCAACAACAACAACAACAGCAACACCAACAGCAGCAACAAAAUCAGCAACAAUACAACAGUCAGGAAAGUACCAACUACUUCACCCAGCAGCUAAUGCAGUACCACCAACAGCAACCCAAAUACGGGCCCUCGAUUUUCCCUCAGCAAAACGACUAUCAGUCCCAGUCCUCGAGCAAUGAAAACCAGUACAGUCACAGUGAUCACUACGGUUCUGGUACUACCCAGCAAGAAACGAUUGUGACGCCAGCAUCGGCGGCGGCCGCUCAGUUCAGCUACGAUAUAUCGCAGCAGGCGUUGCCACAAGGUUUUGCCCUGACGGCACCGUCCAAUCCGGGAGCCAUGCUGCAGCUCGAGUCCCAACCGCAUUCGUUCCAUCUCGUUCAACUAUCGCCAUUCCAGUACCAGACUCCGACGGGAUUCUCCCUGCCGAGUGCAAGAUAACCGUUCUACAUCCUUCUUCCUUUCCUCCAGAAGGGGGAGUAGAACAGCGUUUGAAUCGAAGACUGUGAAUCAACCCAAUUCCUUCGCACCGUUAAGUCCAGUGGAUUCGCACCGCUAUUUAUGGGGAUCGCCCUCCAGUCCUGAGAAGAAAAGAACAGAAAAAGAAUACCAAAAAAAACGCUAUUUUUGUAAAAUAGUAUUUUUAUUCAAUUGUUUUCUAGUGCCCUAGUGUUUAAGCCUUUGCCUGAGGUCAGCCGUACACCGGAAUUGCCUGCCGUCCACGUGUAUAUCGAGUGAUUUUGUCCGCGGUCAGGCCCUGUACAGUUUUGUCCUUUUUUUUAAUGUAUUGAUAGAAAGAAAACCAAAGCUCAUUAUCAAUGUAAGCGUGAUAUUAAGGUAGUUUUCUUUUCCCGGGAGAGUUUCCUGUGUUUGUGGUCGCGUUACCGAGAUAGCAGCAGAAAAUAGCCCCAAACUAAUACUGACAUCUUGCGAAAAGAAAAAAAAAAUAGAACAACACAAAAACGUUUUGUAAAUAGUAUACUUCCUUCUAUUGAAGACACUGA